UGCCCUCUCCUCGUCGUUAAUUGCGUUUCCUACCGACUAACAACUUGUUUGUCUGUUAGCGCAUUGGCUGCCCAUGGGCGCUGCUGUUUACACACGGUGCUGCUCCGCCGCCUGGGCUGUCCGGUGCGCCUCUGCGGUCGGUUCGGGACGGUAUUGGGCUCCGCUUUUAUGAAUGAAUAACGAAAUGCGAGUGACUGCGAAACUCCCGAGCAGCCGGGCUCCCGGGGGGCUAGCCACUGAUGAGAGGGAUUAACGACGGAGCGGAGCCGCGGCUCAUUGCGGAAAAGCCGAGUCUGACUGCAGGCUGGCGAGGAAACGCACCGUGAGGGAAACGGGCUCCAUAGCAUAGAGCAGCGGAACAAAACCGCGGUUACCACAAUGUCCAUCCACAUCGUGGCUCUGGGCAGCGAGUGCCCCGGUGGAGUCGGGCCCGGGGAGGAGAUCAUGGGCCAGGGGCAGCUGCAGGGAGGCCUGCUGUGGAGUUACCUGGGUCACGGAGCGUUGGUGGGACCCUGCGACCUGGAGAGCAGCCUGCACAACCCGGCCUUCAUGGAGUACACCUCACGUGUGUUUGGAGAUGUCACUGUUGUGGUUCGGGACUGUCCCAGCUGGGACUUGUUGGACAGUGACUGGGCCAGUGUGCGGAAAGUUCUUGAGCAGGCAGACAUCCUGGUCAUUAAAUAUUCAGUCACUGACAAGCUGGCCUUCCAGCAGGUCAGGAACGGCUACGCCCCGAGACUCCGCCCGCUCCUGAGGCAUUGGGGUGUACCUGUCAUCCUAGUUGCUGUUGGAGCACGGCUGAAUGAUGAGGGCCCUCCCUGUACGUGUCCAUUGUGUGCGUCUGACUGGAGCAGCUGUGUGCCUCACAGUGAAGGUCUGCAGCUGUCCCGGGACCUGGGGGCCACCUACCUGGAAUUGCCUUCUCUCAACCACGUCUUUGUUGGACGCUACUUUGGCAGCGUGCUGGAGUACUUCAUGAUUCAGUGUCUGAAACACAAAGCCAAAGAGAGGCCAGAGAAGAGGCGAGGGAAUAAAGUGAAUGAGCUUCGUCCCCCACACUUAGAACAACCAGCUCGUCUUCCCCCCAUCCGUGUGGAGGAGUCCAGCUUCUCCCAAGACAUGCAGUGGUUGUUGGAGCGUGGUGUGCAGUUCGCCGAUGUGGCUUUCUAUGCCGGGGAUUCUGGGAAAGAACUGGGGUGGGCGCAUGCGGCUGUGCUGUGUGCGGUCAGCCCGUACUUCAGACAGCUGCUCCUGGGGCCCAAGACCAGGGAACGUCCACAGUCACGGUGUGUUUGCAGAGAGCGGGACGCAGGCCCCCAUUCGUUGCUGUCCACCUGGGAUGGGGGCAUUAUUGAUGACAUGCCACGAUCAGAGGGGCACCUGACAGGACGACUCUCCCGUCUGGUUGUGAAGGACCCGCUUCUGUGUAUGUGCUUGUGGGAGACUCUCAUGUUUAUUUACAGAGGAGCAUGGGAGUGGGAGCACCUCCAGGAGGCCCUGGAAGAGAAGCUGAAGAACUCUCUGGCUGUUGCUCAGCUUAUGGAGCGCAUACGAUCGCUCAUCGGGAGAGAAAGGGGCCCCAGGGAUACCCCGAGUGCGCGGGCAGCUCAGCUCGGCCCCCAGACUCUUGUCAACCUCUUCAAUUCUCCCCUUUACUCAGAUGUCAUCUUCAUGGUGCAAGGCAGCGUAUUGCCAGCCCACCGGGCGGUGCUGGUGGCACGCUGUGACGUCAUGGCGGCAAUGUUCAGCGGAAAGUAUGCAGAGGCCCGGAGCCGAGUGGUGCCCAUCCACGGAGUCUCCUCAGAUACCUUCCUGUCUUUCCUUGAGUACCUCUACACUGACUCCUGCUGUCCUGCCAGUGUGCUGCAGGCCAUGGCCGUGCUGGUCUGUGCCGAGAUGUACCAGGUGAAACGUCUGCAGCACCUGUGUGAGGUCUGUGUGUGUGCUUACCUUCAGAGCAUGCCCAGUAGAGAGCUGGCAUCAACAGGUAUCAGCGUGGUCCGACUACUCCGCAGAGCAAAGUGCCACAAUGCAGAGCAGCUGUACGUCUGGCUCCUCCACUUCAUCGCCAACAACUACCUGAUCUUCAGUCACAAACCUGACUUCCUGGAGCUCUCAGAGGAUGAGCGUGAGCAGGUGGAGCGGCUACGAUGGCCAUCCAGAGGCUACCUGCAGGAGCUUAGCGAGUACCAGCAGCGGCGACGCAAACUACGCAAGUCCCGCUGCAUAGUCAUGUGACCCCACCUGGAAGCCACA